UAGCGGAUGUGCCAUCAAGAUACUUAAAAAUUUAAUUUUUAUUUUUCUUUGACAAUCGUAUAAAUGAACACUGCUAUAGCCAUAGUUUAUCAUUUUGUUCCAAAAACUUCACAGUGGAAACAUGAGGAUUGAAGCUCUUUACUUUGCUGCGCUGGUGCUGCCAGGAUUGGCAUACAGCGACGCUUGUUCCAAUGUACGGAUCUACUCUCGCGACACCUGGGGAGCACAGAGACCCAAAAGGUCGAUGGCGUUUAAAUAUACCCCUGUUGGUCUUUUCUUCGUCCACCACACUGCAGGGAGUCGAUGUUUUGAUUUCGAUUCAUGUGCAGCACAAGUGAGAAGUAUUCAAAACUAUCACAUGGUUGUUAAACGUUGGUCGGAUAUAGAAUACAAUUUCCUUGUGGGUGAGGAUGGCGCAGUCUAUGAGGGUCGCGGCUGGAACAACGUUGGAGCCCAUACCAAUGGUUACAAUAGCCAGUCCAUCGGCAUGGCUGUGAUGGGAAAUUUCAUGUGCACAAAACCGAAUACCGAGGCUUUAAACGCAGUGAAGAACCUGAUUCAGUGCGGAGUGAACCUUGGCCACAUCACCUCCACCUACAGACUGUACGGUCACCGUGACGCCAGUAGCAGCUCCUGCCCCGGGGAUGCUCUCUAUAACGAAAUCAAAACGUGGCCGCAUUAUAGUAGAAUACCUCUGUGGAAACCAGACAUAUACUGUGUAUAACGUACAAUGUAUAGUUAGUAUAUGUAUAUACGUCCCUGGUGGAAACAAAAUCUCCGAAAAAAGGAAAUGAACAACUAUAAAUAAAUAAAAAAUAAAUCAUUAA